AUCUUACGUCUUAUUAGGCGGAACUUUAAAAACUAAACUGAACGCUAUCAGCUUGACGAAAAAAAGGAUGGCAAACUCAACACCUGAUAGUUACUACAUGACGAAAGGUCUAGACGUGUUCUGCCCUAUUCGUAAAUAUGGAUUGCAGCUAAAAAUUGUUAUUAUAGUAUUAAAUAUUCUUAUGUCCAUGUCUACAAUUAUGGGCAACAAAAUUAUAAUUGCUGCGCUUCAAAGAGUAUAUUCCCUCCAUCCCCCGUCCAAACUUCUCCUUCAAUUUCUUAUGGGCACAAAUCUUUCUCUUGGUCUUCUUUCACAGCCUCUCUUUGUUAGCUUUCUUAUGUCUCAGGAGCACUCAGUAACUUGUAUUUAUCUGAAGACCCUUUUUUAUUGUACUGCUACAUUACUUGGGUCAGGGCUUAUUUUGACACUGACAGCAAUUAGUGUGGACCGACUUCUCUCUCUUCGGCUGGGUCUGAGAUACCGGCAGGAAGUAACUAUAAGACGAGUGAGGAUUACAUUGUGUUUCAUUUGGCUUCUUAGCGCUGUGAUGACAUCAACAUUCAUUUACAAUCCAUUCGUUACUACGAGCAUCGCUUACAUAACUGGUUUCCUGUGCGUUAUCACUUCGACGUUCUGUUACAUAAAAAUAUACUUGAGCCUUCGCCAACAUCACGCGCAGGUAAACGUGCUGGGCCAACUUCGUCAGGGUAAUGUCUUCAACAUCGUGCGCUUCAGAAAGAUGGUGACAGGCGUAGUUUGGGUCCAUAUUUCACUUGCGGUUUGUUAUUUACCACACACGAUAGUUCAAGCCGUCUUUGCUUUCACUGGAAUGAACACUGCUUCUUUCGACUUUAUUUGGGAUGUGACAACUUCUAUGGCUUUCUUGACCUCAACUCUGAAUCCUUUCCUUUACUGUAGGAAGGUUUGCGAAGUACAACAAGCAGUGAAAGACAGUAUCAAGCCCUUCUUUUGUUGA